CAAAACUUCUAGUUUCCGUGCAUGCCUCUGACGCUUUCUCCAAAACUCUGCAUGCACGUUUCUCUCUCUAUAUGUAACCUUGGUGUACCUGUCUCCAAUUGCCUCCUAACUAAUCUUUCUUCUGCUCCUCUCUCUCCUCUACAAUCACUAAAAAUCUCAACACAGAGAUAACUUAAUUGGGAUGGCUUCCCUCCCUCACUCUAAAACAGAGCAAGAAGCUAGUCCUUCUCUCGAUCCAUCAUCUUCGGAAAAGGUCGGUGAUCAUUGGAAAUUCGAACGACUCUUCGGCCGAUUCGAUGUGGAUGCAGAUGCAAAGAUCUCGUCGGCGGAGCUUCGACUUAUGAUGAGGACUGUCGGGGAGGACUUGAGCCUUGAGGAGGCAGAGGCGGUGGUGAGGUCGGCCGACAAGGACGGCGACGGGUUGCUGGACUUGGAGGAGUUUGUGGGGUUGGUGGGGGUGGAGGGAGAGGAGGAGGAGGAGAAGGAGAGGGAGCUGAGGGAGGCGUUCGGGAUGUACGAGAUGGAGGGGGAGGGGUGCAUCACGCCCAGGAGCCUGAAGCGGAUGCUGAGCCGGUUGGGCGCGUCCAGGGAGCUGGAGGAUUGCCAGGCUAUGAUUUGUAGGUUUGACCUUAACGGGGAUGGGGUGAUUAGCUUCGACGAGUUUAAAGUCAUGAUGAUGUCGUCCUAAAAGUUGCCUCUAUACGUUUCUCAACUUCUUACAAGAUAUAUGUAGGAAUGUUAUUAAUGAAAUCUUUGGGUUUACAUUCGUUUCA